UCAUGGCAGAGUUUGGUGGCGGCUGCUAUUUCAUUGAACUGUUGAUGUUUCCUUUUGGGAAGCCGGCUUUCUUGAGUGCCGCCAUGGUGAAGGGGAAGACCAAUGAGUGGAACAAGAACGAUGACCGGCUGCUGCAGGCCGUGGAGAACGGAGAUGCCGAGAAGGUGGCCUCGCUGCUCGGCAAGAAGGGGGCCAGUGCCACCAAGCAGGACAGCGAGGGCAAGACCGCCUUUCAUCUCGCUGCUACAAAAGGACACGUGGAAUGUCUCAGGGUCAUGGUUACGCACGGCGUGGAUGUGACAGCGCAAGACACUGCCGGACACAGUGCGUUGCACCUCGCAGCCAAGAACAGCCACCAUGAGUGCAUCCGGAAGCUCCUUCAGUCUAAAUGCCCAGCUGAAAACGUUGACAACUCCGGGAAAACAGCUCUACAUUACGCAGCGGCGCAGGGCUGCCUCCAGGCUGUGCAGGUUCUGUGCGAGCACAAGAGCCCGGUGAACCUCAAGGAUCUGGAUGGGAAUAUACCCCUGCUUCUUGCAGUGCAAAAUGGCCACAGUGAGGUCUGUUGCUUUCUUCUGGAUCAUGGAGCGGAUGUAAAUUCCAGGGACAAGAAUGGAAGAACUGCUCUGAUGGUGGCCUGUGAGAUCGGCAGCUCUCAGGUCGUGGAGGCCUUAAUUAAAAAGGGUGCAGACCUAGCCCUUGUGGAUUCUCUCGGACACAAUGCCUUACAUUAUUCCAAACUCUCAGAAAACGCAGGAAUUCAAAGCCUUCUGUUAUCAAAAAUCUCCCAGGAUGCUGAUUUAAAGACACCAACAAAACCAAAGCAGCAUGACCAAGUGUCUAAAAUAAGCUCAGAGAGAAGUGGAACUCCAAAAAAACGCAAAGCUCCACCACCUCCUAUCAGUCCUGCCCAGUUGAGUGAUGUGUCUUCCCCAAGAUCAAUAACUUCAACACCAAUUUCAGGAAAGGAAUCAGCAUUUUUCGCUGAACCACCCUUCAAGGCGGAGAUCAGCUCCAUACGGGAAAACAAAGACAGACUGAGUGACAGCACUACAGGUGCUGAUAGCUUAUUGGAUAUCAGUUCUGAAGCUGACCAACCAGAUAUUCUUGUCCUAUUACAAGCAAAAGUUGCAUCUCUAACUCUACACAAUAAGGAAUUACAAGAUAAAUUGCAGGCCAAAACCCCCAAAGAGGCAGAAGCGGACCUGAGCUUUGACUCCUUCCAUUCCACUCACACUGACUUGGCCCCGUCUCUCGGGAAACCUAGUGACACCUCUCCCCCCAACUCCAGAUCCCCUCCACCGGCCUCUGCCCAUGCCCUGAGUAAACCCCCAGUCGACGGCGAUGUCAGGCUUCAGCAGCUGCAGGAGGUCUUGCAGGACCUGCAGAAGAGACUGGAGAGCUCCGAGGCAGAGAGGCAGCAGCUGCAGGCCGAGCUCCAGUCCCGGAGCCCGGAGCCCGUGCGCCUGAACAACGCCGAGAUUUCCGAGAACGGCUCCGACCUCAGCCAGAAACUGAAAGAAACUCAGAGCAAGUACGAGGAGGCCAUGAAAGAAGUCCUGAGCGUGCAGAAGCAGAUGAAGCUGGGCCUCGUGUCGCCCGAGAGCGCGGAUGCUUCCUCUCACCUCCGGGAGCUGAGGGUCCCCGAGGAGGAGGUACAGGCGCUGAGGCAGGACCUCCAGAAGGCACUGGAAGACAGUGAGAGGAACAAGGAGAAAGUGAUGAUGUUGGAGGAGAAACUGGCCGAGAGGGAGAAGGGGGCGGGGAACCAGCCGGCCGCCGAAGAGUACGAGGCAAUGAAAAGUUCCUAUUGCUCUGUUCUUGAGAAUAUGAACAGGGAGAAAGCGUUUCUGCUCGAGAAAUACCAGGAGGCCCAAGAAGAAAUCUUGCAACUGAAAGAUACUCUGAAGGGUCAGGCGGCGCAGGAGCCCGGCGAUGACGCGGGAGACAUGAAAGAGACCAUGCACAGGAUGAUCGAUGAGCUCAACAAGCAGGUGAGCGAGCUGUCCCAGCUGUACAAGCAGGCGCAGGCCGAGCUGGAGGACUACCGGAAGAGGAAGUCUCUGGAAGACCUCACCGCCGAGUACGUCCCCAAAGUGGAGCAUGAGAAGCUGAUGCAGGGGGCCGGCCUGUCCAGGGCCCAGGCGGAGGAGGCGCUGUCCGAGAUGAAGUCCCAGUACGCGAAGGCGUUGCAGGAGUUGGCUCAGCUCAAGCAGCUGGCCGACGCCCAGAAGGAGAACUCCGUGUCCAUCGCCGAGCACCUGCAGGUGAUCACCACGCUGCGGACGGCCGCCAAGGAGAUGGAGGCGAAGCUCGCCGGUCUCCAGGAGCUCCUGGCCAGCAGGGAGGUGGAGGUGGCCAGGCUGGAGAAGCAGCUGGUGGAAGAGAAGGCGGCGCUGACCGAGGCCACGGUGCCCCGGGCCGCCUACGAAAAGCUCCAGGCGUCGCUGGAGAGUGAAGUGAGCGUGUUGGCCUCGAAAUUAAAGGAUUCCGCCAAAGAGAAAGAGAAGGCCCAGUCGGAGGCCGCCCAGGUUAGAAGUGAGGCCUCACGGUUGAAAAGGGAAAAGGAGACGCUUCAGACUCUCUUGCGAUCCAAAGAGCAAGAAGCCGGGGAGCUCGUGCAGAAGUCGCAGCGUGCGCAGGAGGAGCUGGCGGAGCUGAGGCGGCACUCGGAGAGCUCCUCCCGGCUGGAGGAGGACAAAGACAGGAAGAUAAACGAGAUGUCGAAGGAAGUCACCAAGCUGAAGGAGGCCCUGAACAGCCUCUCGCAACUGUCCUACUCGGCGAGCUCCUCCAAGAGGCAGAGCCAGCAGCUGGACGGGCUGCAGCAGCAGGUCAAGCAGCUCCAGGCCCAGCUGGCUGAGUGCAAGAAGCAACACCAGGAGGUCAUAUCGGUUUACAGGAUGCAUCUUCUGUACGCGGUGCAGGGCCAGAUGGAUGAAGAUGUCCAGAAAGUUCUGAAGCAGAUCCUGACCAUGUGUAAGACCCAGGCCCAGAAGAAGUAGAGCGGGUUCCCCGGCGGGACACUGCCCCUCGCUGUCCACCUUGGGGUUGGACCGGGGUUGCUGGCGACCACUGCCACCGUUCUCGUUCGUGGUGUGCACCGGGACCUGGCCUGGCUUCUGCCCUUCCAGGCUGCUUUCUGAGGACUGGCCCCGGGAGAAGACUGUCCCCUCAGAACUCUGGGGAGACUCAACAGCAGCAGAGGGGACAGUCGCUGUCAUCGCUUCUGAUUCCAGAGCUGGGUCAGCCGUGCCCAGGAGCCGGGCCUGGUGCUGGGGCGUGGGCCCCGGCCUGGCGCCUGACCAGCUGUGUGGCUCCCCCCUUGCCUCUGGUUUCCAAUCCGCAGACAUGAUUUGACUUCUAAGCAGAUCAGUGCAGCGCUAGUGAUGCGGUGCCCGCCUAGGACCCUUUACCCGACGUCCUGUGGGUUUGAAACUCUCAAUCCCAUCUUCCCCCCAUCUGCCUUAGGUAGCUCGUCACCGGCUGGCCAGUCUGAGCUUGAUGAGCACCAUUCACUAGAACAUGAAGCUUAGAAAGAAAAGCAAGCUGCCCUUAAAAGUUUUUAAGUAAAUCGUGGACAUGUUGCAAAUUCUCUAUGCAAACUUGCCUUCUGCCAUUACCCGCGAAGCUCAGGAAAUCCAAACAGUCGUGUUUCAACAAGGGACAGUAAACUGCGUGUUUACAGCCAAAAGAAAUGCCUCAUCGUUCUUAACCUCGAUUUUUUAAAAGUGAUGUGUUUUUUCUCUCUCUACAGUAUUUUUAUUGGCUCUUAAAGAUGUUUUCAUAUCUAAAUCCCUUGAGUAAGUGAAAUUCACAUGAGACUCUAUUAACAAAAUAUUUUUUAGGUAACCAUGCUUAAAACUUUUUAGAAAUAGGACUUUUUCCUGAACGUUUUCAGCGAUAGCGAAAGGUAGUUAUAUAUUCCAAGCUCAGUGUGAGCUGCCAGACCCUCAGCGCUGGAGCGCGUUUCUUAAGAGAGUGCGUCCUCCUGGUACCCGGUGAACACUUUUGAAUGCCCGGCUCUGCCAGCGCCAGAGAGGAUCUCUGGAAGAACUGUUAGCAACAGUCCGUGUUUCAGCUUGGAGACGAGAAACCCCGGUACGGUAAACAUCGGGGUGCAUGGCAAAGGUCUUUGGGGGGAAAUGUUUCUGUUCCCUUUCUUUCCUUUCAGGUUAAAAAAAGAAAAUGUUUCUAACUUGCUUGCCACUUCCCUGUCAGCGUGGAUCUUCCUGAGGGAUGUAAACAGAAAACAGAAAUCUGCCAAGUGUGUAAUUAAAAGCGCAGGCCUGCUCCGACAGGGCCCGGGUGACAGGGCCGCCCGGGCCGGGGGUGCUUGGCUGCACUGGAUGCCGACCAAGGCCAGCAGAGCAGAAACGGCUGUCCAGCUCCGUGUUCCUUUUCCUGAGUUGUUUAUAGUUAAGCAAUUUCGAAAAUGCUGCAAAGAAAUGUGAAAGGACUUCCCGUCACAGCACUUACGGAGACACAGGACACCCCUCGCGCCCCGCACAGCACGCUGCGGAGUGGGAGACUGCGAGACUGCAGGGUGCUUGACACAGCGCCUCUUAGCGCAUCUCGGGAGCAUAUUUAUUACAAGUUCUCCGGUUAGAUAUUGGAACGCCGUAUGCCGUGGGGUAGCACUCUGCCUUUGUGAUGUACUGAGGUAUGACGGAAAUAAACCUCUGUUCCAUUUUGCA